AAAAAAAAAAAAGGAAAAAGAAAAAGAAAAAAGAGAUAAGAAUAGCUAUGACAAGUCUGGACUCCAUCUUGGCAGGCAGAUAUCCUGCCAAAGCCCAUGCCCGCCGGGUUGCCGAGCGCCUUCAAGCGUGCGGCUAUGGCCGGCAUGGGAUUAUCUAUCUCGAAGCGCAGAAAACUCGACUAAUCGAGGAUAAUGAUGAGGCGAUGCCCUUCAGACAACGCCGGCCUUUUUUCUAUUUGUCAGGAUGCCCGCUGCCAGAUUCAUACCUGAUCUACAACAUUGGUGCCGAUAGAUUGACACUGUUUAUUCCACCAAUUGACCCAGAGGACGUGAUUUGGUCGGGUCUUCCUCUGUCUGUUACAGAGGCACUGCGACUCUUUGACGUUGAUCAAGUACUGCACACACCUGAAGUGAAUGCUACUUUGGCCUCCAUCGCCUCGGACGACGAGGGUAAAUCGGUUGCUUUCGCAAUCGAGGGCCAAGUUUCAGAAAGAACCAAGUUCAAUGGGUUUUUUGAAACCAAUACCUCUGUAUUGAAGGGGGUCAUUGAAGACACUCGUGUGGUCAAGGACGGUUAUGAAAUCGCGCUUCUGAGGAAGGCGAAUGACAUUUCUGCGAAGGCGCAUAUCGCAGCCAUCAAAGCAUCGAAGGCCGCCACGAAUGAGCGCGAAAUUGAGGCUGCUUUUAUCGCAACUUGUAUUGCCAAUGGCGGUCGUUACCAGGCUUACCACCCCAUCGUUGCAUGCGGUCAGAACGGGGCCACCCUCCACUAUGGGAAAAACGAUGACUACCUGGCUGACCCUAUCACCAAGCAGAGGAAAUCAAGCAUUCUUAUCGAUGCCGGGGCGGAAUACCACACAUAUUGCGCCGAUAUCACUCGUGUUUUCCCUUUGAGUGGUAAAUUCACCUUGGAGACACAGCAGAUCUAUGACAUUGUUCUGCAGAUGCAGACGGAAACUAUUGCAAUGUUGAAUGAAGGUGUGCAAUGGGAGAAUGUACAUGCACAUGCCCAUCGUGUUGCAAUCAAGGGCUUGCUUAAAUUAGGUAUCCUUCGUGGCUUUGAGGAUGAGUUGUUCGACAAGAGAAUUAGCGUGGCUUUCUUCCCUCAUGGCCUAGGACACUAUCUGGGAAUGGACACUCAUGACACUGGAGGUAACCCAAAUUAUGCCGACAAGGACACUAUGUUCAAGUAUCUACGCGUGAGGGGCCGCUUACCUGCAGGAUCAGUUAUCACUGUUGAGCCGGGUAUUUACUUUUGCCGCUUCAUUAUUGCACCUUUUCUAGAGUCACCUGAAACAAACAAGUUUAUCAAUACCGAUGUUCUGGAGAAAUAUUGGAGCGUUGGCGGCGUGCGCAUCGAAGAUAAUGUUCACGUCACCCAGUACGGCUAUGAAAACUUGACUACUGCACCGAAGGCCAUAGAAGAAGUGGAAGCUCUAGCCUCUUAAGAGGUUAUAUGAUAUUUAAACCUCGAGGUCAUAGGCAUUCUUACCUUUCCGAGAUGAGAGAUGUACAUGAUGGCCUAUGUAAUGUUACACUCGACUACGUACUACGAAUAUGGCACAUGCAUUUUGUUGUUACUGCUGUCCUAGUAGUCGUCCUGAAAUGGUAGCUAAAGCCGAAUAGACCACACAAACCAUUACUCGAAG